AUGCCUUCAGCCACCAAGGAGAAGAAGCUUCUUGAGGCUCGACUUCUCAUCACCAAGCACAACACCAAAAAGAAGCCUCCUUCCGGCAAAGAAAACAGCAACGGGAAGACGGUCAAGAAGGGACAACAAGACGAAAAAGGUGGGGCAAAAAAACCCUCAAAAGAGGGGGCCAAGGCAAGAAGAGCUGCCACAGUCAAAUGGAAACGGGGGAUCUACCACCACUACACUGACAGCCUCCUCACGAUCAUCGAGGAUAAGCCACGCUACCGUCAGGCUUUCGGGUUCUUGAAGGACCAGUCUACAUCUGUUUCAACUGGUGGCCAGCCCAUGGCCAAGCUCCUUGCUGAAGUGGCACAGAGUCUCUUUUUCAAGACAGAAGAACCCCCCGAGGGCCAGUCAGAGCUCUCGUUUCGUAAAGACAACCUCUCUGCACUUGCUAAAGCAGUCGGAAAUCAGAUUUCUGUGUUGAAGAAGUUGUACCGCGAGCAUCGGGCAACACUUGGAGCAACUGGGGAAGGCUUACUCGAUGCAGGCCGUCAAGACGAAAUCACAGCUGGAACUCCCUUGGCUAAUCUUUGGGAGGAAGUCAACCAGGAGUUUCCGUGGUUCCUUUGGAUGCACGACCUGCUUGGGACAAAUCCCACUGUGGACCGCUCAGCAGUCGCACACAGUCAGACUUCUGUCAAUACUGCUGUUCUUGAUGUGGGUGCUGGCAAAAAGCGAAAACGGCCCCUGAAACCCUCCAGUGAUGAUGAGUCAGAGGUUGAGGUUGUAGAUGAUGACUCUGGCAAGUCGGAUGCUGAUGAGAUGGACAUAAACCUCAAUGAGAAGGAAGAAGAUGAUGCCAGUGCUGCUGAGGAAAUUGAGAUUGACGAUGAUGAUUCUUGUUCUGACAACUAUGCUGACAAAUCUAGUGUGGUUGGAUCGCCACGACCGACACGUCAAACCCAAAUCUGCACCAAAGAAAGCUAG